GCGCAGUCGCCUUCGCAAGUGUAAGACAUCUCUCAUCCAAAUCAAUUAACAGCUUCUGAUACCCCAAUUGAUCUUUAGGUAGCAACAGCAGUCACGUCGAGUCUAUACCCAACAGUUGAUGCAGUGAGCCUCGCGACUGCUUUCAACAUCAGUCUGGGAUGUCUGGACGCCCUCAACGAGACCGUCUCCUGCGAUGGCGACCUGUUACGUAUGGCCGCCAGCGUCGACGACUACCUUUGGUACCAGAACAACCUCACCGAUCUGUGCACGUCGGGUUGCCUGUCGUCGACCAAGACAUGGUGGUCCGAUGUUCUGACUAGCUGUGCCGGCGACUCUAUCAUCGUCAACGGCCGUCAGGUCCCUCCGAUGACCAUUCCGGGCCGCAUGCUCGAUGGAUUGAACCUGGCCUGUCUCACGCCUGGCACCGAUCUGACGUCUCUUCCUGGAGUUGUCGGAGUCGAGAUUACCUCCACUGUGAUAUCCGUCGUCAAUUCGACUGUGCCGUUUGAUCCGACGGCGCCCAACGCCACGAACUCAUCCACUCUCCAGAGUCGGCAGUACCAAAGUUUCAACCCUGUCUUUCGCUCAGACGGCUUUCACUCAAACGGUCAUGUACCAGCCGGACGAGACCUGAGCUCGCGGCAGAGUUCCUCUAGCUUCUGUCUCUUGGAGUCAUAUGCAUGGGUCGGACAGGACAUCAUCCGCCCCGACUGUUCAGACUCCAGCACCUCUUCGCAAUGUCUAGAUCCAACAGAUGUUCCAGAUGAGAACCAGCGCAUCGCCAAUCUCUACCCCAACUCUCUACUCUGCAGCGACUGCUUUCUGAAGAUGUUUUACUUACGCAUGGCCUCCCCCUAUCUUCCCGAUCUCGACGCCUCAGACUACCAUCUCGAGCAAUACCUCGACAUCGUCGACGUCUGCGAUGCAGGCAGUAGCAUGCCGGAGCUGCAGGUGCGCGUGCUACCGCAAUAUGACAACGUCGCGGGUGUCAGCGAUGGCUCUCUUGAGAUCAACAGUACCGUACCCAGCGGUACUGUGGUUUGUAAUCAGACUCUUACCAUCAGUGAUUUGGAGAGCCUCUCCGUGUCGGAUCCUGAUGCCGGAAGCUCCGUUUACUGCGAAGCACUGUCAUUGAAGUAUGGUGUUACAACUGGAGACCUUCACCUCGCUUUCAACGACUACUUCUGUUCUCCGGGGUCGGACUUUGAGAGUGUCUGUGUACCUGCACCUUGUAAGGUCAUCCAGGCGGCUGAGAACUCUACCUGUGCUGACAUCGCCAAACAAGCCGGCCAAAAUGUGACGACAACACAGCUAAUCAACUGGAACCCCAACAUCAUCGGUCUCUGCGACUCGCUCUUCCCGCAGUACGUCUGCGGCAGCCUACCGGGGGGCUCCUAUAUCCCGCCACCAAACGCUAACACGAGUAUCUCGAACCCGGUGCGGGGCGGUGGCACGGGGUCCAGCACGGGUAGCGGCAGCGUGCGCGGUGGCGGGCGCAACGCGACCGUCGUGCCCCUCGGCGGCCCGGCACCCACGCCCACACAGGCGGGCAUCACACCACAGUGCACUGAAUACGUGCUCGCCAGCGACGACGACGGCUGCUUCUCGCUCACUGAUCUCUGGCGCGUGCCCGUGGAGAACUUCUACGCGUGGAACACGGUGCUCGGCCCCCACGGCGAGAACUGCCUCACGCAGCUCUGGGCCGAUACUUACUACUGCAUCGACAUUUACCGCGAUCCAAGCUCGACCACCACCACUUCGAAACCAACUCCCACUACCACAAAAAUCACAGCGCCGGGGCCGACGCAGACGGGCAUCAUCGCGACGUGCAAUAAAUUCGCCGAAUCCAUACCCGACAAAGGCUGCGAGGACUUCGCGGUCGCGGAGGGCAUCACGCCCGCACAACUAUAUGCGUGGAACUCUGUCCUCGGGCCUAACGGGGAGAACUGCAGUACCAGUUUCUGGGCGGGCGAGUACUAUUGCGUCGGCGUGUCGUCCUCGUCAAGCACGACGACAACCUCGAAGAUUACAACUACAACCUUGAAAACAACCACCAAAUCCACGACGACCACAACAUCCACCACAACCAAGACAAGCGUAUCGCCCGCCGGGCCUACCCAGACGGGCAUAAUCUCAACCUGCAACAAAUUUGUCGAGUCGAUCCCCGGUCUAGGCUGCGAAGACUUCGCCGCCGCCGAGCACAUCACGCCGUCCCUAUUGUACAAGUGGAACACAGUGCUGGGCUCCAAGGGCGAGAACUGCGGCACGUCUUUCUGGGCUGGGGAGUGGUACUGCGUCGGCGUGGCGCCUGGGGGUCCGACGCAGGACGGCAUCAUCAGCUCGUGCAACCAGUACGCCGAGUCGAUCCCAGGGCUGGGAUGCGUGGACUUCGCGGCCGCGGAGGGGAUCACGGCGAAGCAGUUGUAUAUGUGGAAUACGGUACUUGGGGCCAAUGGGGAGAACUGCGGUACCUCGUUUUGGGCUGGUGAGUGGUAUUGUGUUGGGGUUUAUCUUUCCUGAUGGUAGUGAGGUUGGUGGUGGCGCCCUCGACGCCAGCAAUAGGCCGACUCUCGACUCUAUAGCUAGUUGGCACCCCGUCUGAAUCGUCAUAGUAUAUAAAUAGUAUACGUCUUGCUUGUAUCCUUCGCCAGGCUAGCAUUAAGAUAGGCGCAUGAGAAACUCGCAAAAUCCAUAGUCACCAUUCCUAGCGACACCUAAAGAACAACACCAACCCACAUGAUUACUCACCAACUUCUUCCCGCAACGUCCCAACCGGGAGCCGUCGUCAGUCGCCCCCCGACCCCACCCCGUACUCGGCAGCCAACAAAAGCUAGAUAGGUUGCCUUGAAGUAUUAGGCCUCGCGAAGCAUACCCUGAUUAUCAGCGAGUAAAACGCCCCCUUGCAAAGCUACUACUAUCGCGUCUGGACAAAGUUGUUUCCUUCCUGAGCGACCCGUAUAUAAUUCUACUAUCUUCACAGUUGGCUGCACUAGGCCUCUUAGUUGGACGUGCUUACCCCCCUGACACCUGAUAGACCAAGGCUGGCAACAACCAGUCCCGCAAGCUAUCGAGAUCUUCCUUGAACAAUAUACUUAUUGUUCUCUCCGUGUUAGGGUAGCUGUCCGUAUGACCAGCGUCGCAUCCUGCAUCUCAUUCCGUUCAGGAAUGGAACCUGCAGAUGUCGUAUUCCCCGUCUGGCCCCUUUUCAAAUGCGUAUUCUGCUGGAGUGACAUUUUGGAGCGCGAGUGCCGCCGUAGCAUCA